AUGCCGGCCCCCACCCCGCUCCCAGCCCUAACGUAUGACCGGCCCGCAUCGCUGUGGGUCGAGGCGCUGCCCCUCGGCAACGGGAGCCUCGGGGCAAUGGUGUACGGCGACCCGUGGGACGAGCGGAUCGCGCUCAACGAGUCGACGCUGUGGUCUGGCUCGCCUCUCAACGAAUCUAACGCGGCCGCGGCGAUACCCGCCAGUGUCGCCCAGCCGGCGCUGCUUGACGCGCGCGUGGCAGUGCUCGACCGCCGGUACGAUGACGCGACGAAGGCGGUCGAGAAGGUACAGGGGCCGUACUCGCAGGCCUUCCUCCCGCUCGGCACACUGCGCCUGCGUACCCGUGUCGCGGGGGAGAAGGACAAGGGCACCGCGACGGGGUACACGCGCGCGCUGGACCUUGACACGGCGACGCACGUAUCGCGGUACGAGCUCGACGGGCGCCGGGUUCGCUGGACGUCGUUCGCCAGCCACCCGGAUAACGCCCUCGUCGUGCGGCUCGAGUCCGAGGUGCCGCUCGACAUUGACGCCAGCUUCGACAGCGAGCUCAAGGGUGUCGAGCUGGACGGAGCGUCGCCCCCCGGCCGGCUGGUAAUCGGCCUCCGCGCGCCGAGCGACUGCCCGCCCCCACACGAGCCGACCGAGAGCGUCAAGUGGUCCGAGGCGCCCGGGGAGGCGAUGCGCGCCGCCGCCGUGUUGGGGUGGACGCACGACGGCGAGGUUGGUGCAGCUGGCGGGCUCUCGGCGCGCGGGGUGACGCGCCUCACGCUCGUGCUCGCUGCGCAGACGACGUUCGUCGACGCGCUCACCCCGCCUGGGGUGGACGCUGCCCCCGCCGCGGCAACGGCACUCGCCCGCGUCGACGCCGCGCUCGCCGACGUCGAGGCGACCGCCGCACGCCACUUGGCAGACUACACUGCGCUCUACGCCCGCUCGGCGCUGUCGCUCCCCGGCGCGCCGCUCCACGCCACGCUGUACAACUACGGCCGGUACCUGCUCAUUGCUGGCUCGCGCACCGGCGCAGCGAUGAACCUCCAGGGCCUGUGGAACAAGACGGCGCGCCCGGUCUGGUCGAGCAACUACACGAUCAACAUCAACACGCAGAUGAACUACUGGGCGGCGGAGGCCGUCGGGCUGGGCGAGCUCGCCGAGCCGCUCUUCGGGCUGAUCGACGCGCUGGCAACAAAGGGCAAGACGACGGCGCAGCGCCUGUACGGCACGCGCGGCUGGGUCGCCCACCACAAUACCGACGUGUGGGCGUACUCGUCCCCCGUGGGCAUGGGGCACAGCUCGUGCCAGUGGGCGUGGUGGCCGUUUGCCGGGCCGUGGCUGUGCCUCGCGCUCGUCGAGCGCGUGCGUUUCGGCAACAGGGAGUUUGCGGCGCGCGCGUGGGGGCCAGUACGCGACGCGAUGGCGUUUGUCCUCGACUGGGUGUUUGAGCACGACGGCGUGCUGAUCACUGCGCCGAGCACGAGCCCAGAGAACACGUUCACCGUCGGCGACGACGCGACGCGGCACGCGGUGACGCGCAGCGCGACGAUGGACAUCAGCCUCGCCACCGAGCUUGGGCGCGCGCUGCUCGAGAUUGCCGAGGCGGCCGGGACGGCCUCGGACCCGAUCGUGGCGGAGACGCGCGCGUUCGUGGCGCGUCUCCCGCGCAUCUCGCCUGGCUCUGACGGGCUGCUGCCAGAGUGGGCCGAGAACCACGCGCAGGCGGAAGCGCCGCACAGGCACAUGAGCCACCUGGUCGGCGUGUAUCCCGGCAACACAAUCCGCGACGCCGACCAGCUCGCGGCCGCCGGGCGCGGGCUCGACGAGCGCGAGGACGACCUGGCCACGGGGUGGGCGCUAGCGUGGAAGGUUUCCCUGCGCGCGCGCCUGCGCGAUGUGCAAAAGAUCGACCACACGCUGAGCUUGAUCACGCGCGACGCCGCGAUGCCAGAGCACGACGACGAGGUGUACGAGGGCAGCGCGUUCACGACGCGCGGCGGGCUGUACCCCAACCUCUUCUCGACGCACCCGCCGUUCCAGAUCGACGGGAACUUGGGGUAUGUGGCCGGCGUGGCCGAGUGUCUCCUCCAGAGCCAGUGGGGUGUCAUUUCGCUCUUGCCGGCGCUGCCGACCGCGUGGAACGGGGGAAGGGUGAGCGGGUUGAUCGCCCGCCCGGGGGUGCGCGUCGGCCUCGAGUGGGAGGGCAGGCGGCUGGUCGAGGCGAGGCUUGAGGCCGUUGGUGAGGCGGGGAGGGGACGCCAUGUGCUGGAGCUUGGCGGCGUGCGCAGGGAGGUCGAGCUCGGCAAGGGCGUGCUCGUGCUCCGCGCUAAGGACUUUGAGGAGGCCUGUAGUGGCUGGUAG